AUGGCCACAACCAACAGCGAAUCUGCAAACCCUCCACGUAAAGACCCGGCCGGACGAACCGCCGAUUCUCACACAAUUCUCGAGCUUGACUCGCCUUAUUCGACACAGCGCUCUGUACUCAGCGCGUUAUUCGUGCAGUUUGCUCAUCACCUCUGCUUGCAUGGGGGACCCACUCUGACGACUAGUAUCUUGAUACAGCAGGUUUGGAUUUUGGGCAUGAAAAGAUUAGUCAAAUCGGCGAUCCGGCGGUGUGUGACCUGUCAACGGGUUAAGCCACAAUUUGCUCACCAACUAAUGGGCGACCUGCCAGCUGACCGAGUACAGUCCGAACGACGACCCUUUUCGAUAGCCGGUUUUGAUUACUCGGAUCCGGUCCAGGUCCGUACCACGCAAGGGCGCGGGUACAAGUCUUACAAGGGAUACGUAGCGGUUUUCGUCUGUUUUUCUACUGACAACGCCACUAAUUUUCAUGGAGCAGAUAGUGAGAUCAAGGCUAUGUUCCAACGAGCCUCCGAAUUCUAUCAAAGGGCGGCGGCUCUCCUGGCGAACGAUGGCACUGAUUGGAGUUUUAUACCCCCGAAUGCUCCCCAUUACGGAGGGUUAUGGGAAACAGGAGUAAAGUCGGUGAAGCACCAUUUGAAACGGGUCAUGGGCGAGCAUACUCUCACCUUCGAAGAGUUGUCGACGGUUCUUGUCGAAAUUGAAACCUGUCUCAACUCACGGCCACUGAGUGCGCUAAGCUCCGAUCUUGAGGAUCUCCAUGGAUUGACACCUUUCCACUUCCUAGGGGGAAGCACGUCGGCCUUACUCCCAGAGGAAGAUCUCUCGGACGAACCUCAGAAUCGUUUGAACCGAUUUCAGUUGCUAUAG